AUGUGGAAAGGCCGCUCCGACCCUGUGCUCCACAUCGACCUGCGCAGGUGGGCAGACCUCAUGCUGGUGGCGCCCCUGGAUGCCAACACGCUGGGCAAGGUGGCCGGUGGCCUCUGUGACAACCUGCUGACCUGUGUCAUCCGUGCCUGGGACCGCAGCAAGCCGCUCCUCUUCUGCCCCGCCAUGAACACGGCCAUGUGGGAACACCCCAUCACCGCCCAGCAGGUGGGCCAGCUCAAGGCCUUUGGCUACCAGGAGAUUCCCUGUAUAGCCAAGAAGCUGGUGUGUGGAGAUCAAGGUCUGGGGGCCAUGGCUGAGGUGGACACCAUCGUGGCUCAGGUGAAGGAGGUCCUCUCGCAGCAGGGUUGACUUGGGACGUCCAAGCACAGCAACGGAUGUCAAGACAAACGUGCCUUGGGUCUUGGGUUCGCCGCAGAGCAAGUGUCUGGAGCCCGGGCUGGAGCUUCUCCAGAGCCUGACCUCUCCCUGCUCGGCUGGACCCCAGGCCCAGGCCCCGGCUAAGCCUUUCACCAGGCCAUGCCCACUUCCAGAUGCUCCCCCAUCUCUUACCGGGUCAGCCCUAGGGCUUAGCACAGGGGAACAGGCUGCUGGUGCUCCUGGGAAUUGCUUUCAGAAAUACCCUCACUAACCAGGCACUAGUAGCUCACACCUGUAAUCCCAGCUACUCAGGAUAUUGAGAUCCGAGGAUCACAGUU